AUGCCAAAAGCUUAUAAAUGUUAAUUAGGAGAAUUCUAUGUUGAUGAAGGAUGCUAAAUUUGUCAAUCAAUUUAUGGAUUUUAUUCAGUGACUUAUAAUGCCACUAAAUGUUCCAUAUUUGAUAAAAAUAAAUUUGCCAAUAUAUCUUCAAAUGCAAUACAAUUAUUAGAAGGCUAUUGGAGAUCAGAUUAUUACUCUGAUUAAACUGAUUUUUGUUUCAAGAAUAUUAAAUAUUGUAAGGGAGGAUGGAAGGUAGGUCAUGAACUUUGUAGUAUAGGACACCUUGGUGGAUUAUGCGAAGAAUGUGAUAAAUAAAAUAUUAGAGGGGAAGGAAAAUAUUUUAAGAAUUAAGAGAAUACUCAAUGUUAUAAUUGCUCUACCAGUAAUGUUGCAUCCUUUAUUUUUGCUUCUCUUUGGUAAUGAAUAUCUUAAUAAAUAAAGGGCAAUGAUUUCAAUUUUAAUUACACUAAAAAGCAUUGAAAAAUCAAAUGAAUUAUUUUCUUCACUUCGAUUUAGAAUAAGAUAUAGAAAAAUCUUAUUUAAAUUUUAUUAAGGUACUAUUAUUAUAUUAUAAAUUUAGAUUUGGAAGGUAUUUUCAUUAAGAUGUUACUCAAUUAUUUAUGGAUAUUUUCAGUUAUAUUUACUUUUAAUAUUAAAUUUUAAAUAUCAUUUUCAUUUGUUGAACAAACUAGUAAUACUUCACAAUUCAUGGCAUUUAGUCUUGAUUGUUUUUUAUCAGAUAUUUCUGAAAUUGAACUAAUUUAUGUCAGAAUAAUUGCUACAAUUUUAUUAAUUUUAAUUUAAUUUACAAUUAUUCUUUUUGGAUAUUAAAUUUAUAUAGUUGCAACUAAAGGAAGAUUUUAAGCAAACAUUAUUUCAAAUACAUUAUUAUAUUUAUAUGUAUCAAAUUAUUCUGGAUUAAUUAAAUAGUAUUAUAUUCUUUAUAAUUAGAUUUUGUUCAAUUAUAUCCAGAAGAAUAAUAUCAAACACACAUUAUAUCUAAGGUGAUGUUACUUUAAAGUUUGGUUCUUUAGAUCAUUAUUCUUAUAUAUUAUAAUUUGCUAUUCCGGGUUUGACAUUUUUUGGAUGUUUAAUUCCAUUUUCUUUAUUUCUAAUAAUGCAUCUCAAAAAGGAUCAAUUUAAUUAAAUUUCAUUAAGAAGACAUAUUUGCUAUUUGUUUAAUGAAUAUAACGAAUAAACUUACUUUUGGAAGUAAAUAAAAUUUUCAAAAAAAACAAUUAUCAUUCUUGUUAUGACAUAUUUUGAAUCUAAUAUAUUAUUAAAAGCAUCUUUGUUGGGUUUAUGCUUAUUAGUAUAUUAAUUAUUGGCAGUAAAACAUUAACCAUACAUAAUAUCAAAUUUAAAUAGCUUGGAUCUCUAAACUGGGUAAAUUUGUUCUAUAGCUAUUUUUCUUGCAACUGUUAAAUAUGUGAGUGAAUAGGAAACUCAGGAAGAAUCUUCUAAAAUUUUGUAACUUGUUAUUAUGUUUCUUUGUGUUAGACUCUGUUAUCCAUUUAUUUUAAAUAUCUUUCGAGUAUACGUUAAAAAAUAUCGUGUAGAAUUUAUAACAUUACUUUAAACUAUUAGUAAAUAUUUAAAAAUAGAUUCUCAAUUAGUAAAUUAUCUCAGUAAAAUACUAAUUUAAUGGAGACAAAAAGAAAAUAGAUUAAAAUCAAAUUAUUAAAUGUUAAAAAAAUACUUGAUGGCUAAAUCAAAAGCAUAAAUCAAAUAUCUAAAGUAAUUAAAAUUUUAUAGAUAAGAUCUAAUAACUCAGUGGCUUGUGCUUAAAAUCCUUUAUCAUUAAAUAGAGAUAAACAAUUGUAAACAGCUACUGCUAACUUCAUAAUAACAUUUUAGAAAUGA